UAUGCUGGCAGCGUUGCACUAAUUCAAGAUCAAGGGCGCACAAGCGAAAGUAGUUCCGACCCUGAACCGAGCGAGUUAGAACAGGACGAGGCCCUUGAGGUGGUCAAGUUGGGAGACGCAUCCAUUGCGGCUCCGUUUACAUACAAGGGGUCAUCUGUCGAAUGCCUAGCGCACAUCCUGAAGCAAGGUCGCUGCACGCUUGUCACAACACUUCAGAUGUUCAAAAUCCUUGCGCUCAACGCACUUGUACUUGCAUAUUCGCAGUCAGUUCUAUACCUUGACGGAAUCAAAUUAUCCGACGCACAAGCUACUCUUCAGGGUCUGCUAUUAGCGGCGUGCUUUUACUUAAUCUCCAGAUCAAAGCCUCAAGAGAAAUUAUCGCAAAAACGACCCCUUGCGAAUAUAUUUAACGCGUAUACUCUACUCACCGUGAUCCUCCAGUUUGCAGUCCACCUUUCCACUUUGAUCUACCUUACCGGACUCUACGAGGGACUGAAACCGAAGGAAUUUAGAGAAGAUUCAAAAUUCGAGCCAUCCCUGUUGAAUUCCACCGUUUAUAUUCUCUCUAUCGCCUUGCAAAUAUCCACAUUCGCGGUCAACUAUAGGGGCCAUCCAUUUAUGGAGAGUCUGUUUGAGAAUAAGCCAUUGCUAUAUGCGCUCCUAGUUCCCGCGCUAGUCGUUGUCGCCCUCGUUAAGAACCUGAUGCCUGAUGUGUCAAGUCAAUUGGAGCUCGUCGAAUUUCCACCGGACCAGGCUAACUUAAUUUUAGCCACGCUUGCUGCUGACUUAGUAGCUGCAUUUAUCAUCGACCGGGUGUUAGGGGCCUUGUUAGCUAGGGGCAAGCCAGUUCCGUUACCUAGGUUAUUGUGAGUUUGCUUAUGACCCUACAAAUGCGCCAUAUAUCGCUAGCACAUGGUAUUGAUAUACGGCACCGAAACCCAACCUGAUGUAGGGAUAAAUAUGAAUGUGUGAACCUUAUAAAGGAUACUGAUCUGUGAAUUAACGUUUAAUUUAUAGGACUUCCGAGAAAAGUAAGCGCAUGAAGUUGCUAAGUUGUUGUUUUAGUAAGCAUGCAGCAACCGGGUGUCCAUAAAUAUAUCAUAGUUGAAGAGUCAGUGUAAAUACAUGACAUGAAUAUAUUAUUAAAAUAAGUCAUUGAUAAGUUCUUAAGGAUCCCACCAGAACACAUAUAAAUAAAGGAAAAGAAGGAUAAGAUAACGCAAAUAGCUUGACCGCUUGUGGCUAAGCAUUUUUUAAAUAGUUACAUACAAAUGGUUUUCUAUUUCUUUUGGUUUAGCACUGCUUGGUUUUUGUGUCAAAUUUAAGUUAUCUAAAAUUAUAGAUUAACAUUAAUAACACAAUACCAGUAAAGGCCUAAGUGAGUCAAGGUGUGCCGCAUACAGCCAGAACAGUGCAAAAUAGUUUCAAGAUCUACUCUUGAUUACUAAAGUCCAAAGUUUCCAAUAGAAUAAAAUAAUUGUAUGAUAUUGGCUCUACAUGUCAAAGCUAAGACCCCAGGUUGUAAAAAAACUGAGGCCUGGGCGAAGUAAAUUCUUUGAGCCACUUGGUUCAUAAUUUCGACAGACGCCUAACCUUGAUAUUUUUUCAGAGGACUGCUUAGGUAGACACCGCUGUCAUUUUUUAUUAUAUUAUAAUGUCAAUUGGAUGGUUAGUCCAAUGUCGAUGUCACUUUGUAAUGUUGAAUAAAUAGAGCAACUUACAAAGUAUUAGGAACAUAAAGUCAGAAUCAAUCACAUCAUGAUCUAAUCAUUUGUUAGACUCAUCGCGUCGGUGUAUAUAGACAAAUAUACUUUGUUCUUGUGCAUAAUUUUAAAGCAGGAAGGGACUAAAUAUGCGGAUAGGAAGUCCAAAAACUAGACAUAAAUGGACGAGAGUAGAUUUAUCAAAAAUUAAGUUUAAUGUUAUAGAAAGAAACUGUUUUGUUACUUAUUCAAAUGUAGCCAGCGCAUUCGGAACUUCGAUUACGUUUAUACUUCUAUUUUUUUUACCUUUUUGAGACACAUCUCUAACGGAUCACUUGCUUUAUGAGCAUUUGCAUGUUCACGAACCGGUUUUGCUUCAUUUUUAAUAGAUAUCUGUGAAUAAAGAAAAAUCGAACGUAAUAUGUGCAACUUCAUAUGAAAAUAAGUGAAAAGAAGAACAGAGGCAAUUAGCGAUCGCUGUUGAUAUUUUUUGUCAGAACCGAACUGAUAUCCAAAGUGCGAAUGGAGUCAGUAAAUCAUAGUGGAUUCUAAAAAGACGCGAGAAUAGUAGAAAUAUUCAAUUCAGAUUAUAAAGUUAUUUUUUCACUGAGUGAACUAAGUAAAAUGUAUAAUAAAUUAUCUAAGGUAUCGAAUUGGUACAAUAAAAUCAGCCAAGUGGAUUUACUCCUUUUUACCUAAUUUUGAAUAAUCAAGUAUCAUAAGGUAAUAACAAAAUGGUCUAGUUUAUGAUAAGUAGAUUAUAUAUAGGUCGGUCUGGCCAAUGAAGCUUUAAGGGAAAAGGUUUAAAGUAAUAUAAUAGCCGAAAAGCCUCAGUC